CCUCGAAGUCACGUCGUUUAUACAUGGUACAUUUCUCUCGUCAACAAAGUGAACUUGUCGUAUAUAUAUAUAUAAUUUGAAUAUAUUUAUCACACUAACUUAUCGAAAAUGGAAGUUGAUGAGGAUUUAGAUGCUGGUCUUUUGAGGCAAUUUAACUGCCUAGGGACGACUGACAAAGAAGUCCUUAUCAAGGAACUGCAGACCCUAGUGGGGGCUCACCUCAAUGACAUCAAUGCUAAGUUCUAUCUCGAAAUGACAGAUUGGAACCUGCAGGCAGCUGUUUGUGCAUAUUUUGACCUUCAAGUAUUUAAUAAACUCCCCCAGAUGACCUUUGUUAAAGACAUAACGAUAGGUGAAGGAGAAAGUGUACCACCAAGCACAAGAUUCAUAAAAACCUGGCGAAUUCAAAACACUGGUGAGGAUGGAUGGCCAGGAGGCUGCAGCUUAAUAUUUACUGGUGGAGAACAGAUGGGGGCCCCAUCACAUGUAACGGUUAACUCUUUAGCGGCAGGUGAAGUUGCUGAUAUAUCAAUCGAAAUGGUGUCUCCUUCUCAAACAGGAUUAUAUUCUUCAAAGUGGAGAAUGAGUACAGCACAAGGAAACUUUUUUGGAGGUAAGCUGUCUUAACAUUGUAUUCAUUUU